GCGCCAAACCCAUCAUCUGUACAGACAGUCGAGCGUGGAGAUUGAUGGCACUGCCGACAGCAUACGACUUCUCUUGGCGAUGGAGUCGUCGCCGACGUCGUCACCGGCGUCCAAGGACAACGACGCUGGGGGGUUGUGGACUGAGGUCAAGGUCGUGGACGACAUCACCGUGUUCCGCGGCGUCGUGCCGGGUUGCUACAGUAGUGGAAUGCGGUCAAGACCACAGGCAUCAUUCCAUCAUGCAGCGCAUCCUUCCUAGCGUCAAAGCUGCUCGAUGACGCGGAAAUGCCGCGAUUUGACAAGAUGGUUCGCGCACGUGUCUGUCCUCUCAGGUGCAACGUCCCGGGCAACUUGCCCAGCAAGGACAGUUCGACACGUGCAACUCAAGCCCGUGCUCGUCACCAAAGCCAGGGAUUUAGUGGUAACGACGACAACCACCAACAUGCAACAAUCGUCGGCCGUCGACGGAAGGAACGAUGAUGCGACCACGAUUGUCAUCGCGUCCAGGUCCACUUCCACGUGGCCCGCCGCUCCGAGCCACUCGUUUGUGCGAGGGGUGAACCACCUGCCGGGGUACAUCCUCCGUCCGGUGGUCGUGGUCGUAGGGACCCAAGCUUCAUGAGUCGGCUGCCACGUCACGCUCAUCGCGCACGUCGACCCUGGCGGGUUGUUGCCGCCGAGGGUGGUGAAUUAUUUGGCGGUGGACGCUCCUUGGAAGUUGCUGCGGCGUUUUCGAAAGUUGUACAGCAACGACGAUCGUACCAACAGCAACAACAUCCCUGGACACGCCCCUCGUCGCGAAUAUGGACAUGGACGACUCGCAUGAUCGAGUGUCUACUCGUCAACCAUUCCAAGCCACAUCACUCUUCCAUCAUCUCGUUCAUCUUCCGAUUCAUUCGCUGACAAAAGCAUCGCCAUGCUGCUAGACAUGGACACGGCCAUGUGGACGCAUGUCAAGACCGCGUCCGGCGGCAUCGCCGUGUCUCGGAGCAUCGUGCCCGUGCAACGUGCACCGUUCUACAGCAACGGGCCAACAUACAUGACACAUCUGUACGGCACAUCACCGCCAAACUCAUGUAUUUUGUCG